AUCACAGAUAAGACGACGAUCAGAACGGAUAUAAUAGAGAGUUAAAAUUUUUGAAGAAACCGAAUAAAUCAUCUUACAGUUUUGAGAUCAUGGCCUCGAGAGAUGGACCUCGUGCUUCUGGUACGGAUGGAUCAGACUUUACACACAGACAGCGUGUGGCUUCCCACUACAAGGAAAGCGUUCAAUGGAAGGCAAAAUUGAAGGCCUGUCUUUGUUUCCAGUUAAUUCUUAACCUGGGUUUCGGAGCUUGGGUCACUGCAGCUUACAGUGGGUAGGUUCGUAAAUUUGAAUGUGAAGUAAAUUCGCAGAAUCAAUAUUUGGUGACGGGAGCUUCUAAGUUGAUAUAUGUGUGAACAUCAAGAUCAUUCAACAGGGGGCAUCCCAUUUUUGUACGAAACCUCCCCCCCCCCACCCCCCCAAUUAAAUUCUCCACCACUUGUAGACGUGCGAAAAAAUUUUGUACUAAACUCAACUUUAAUAAAGAAAACAACACGACUCAAUCACAUUCUAUUCACCAUGUGUUCGUACGAAAUCACCUGAUCAUGUUUCCCAGAGUUCCACUACACUUAGAGGAUGGUGGGUUCAGAAUAGGAGGCCCAGACUUUUUCCUUCAAAGAAGCUGUCAAAAUUUUUACCCUUAGGGCAUUUGUUUUUAAAAGUCAACCCUUUAGGUUCUUUAGGGUUUUUCAAAGGGCGAUGACAAAAAAUGGAGGGUUCAGAUUUAAGCCGUUUUUAGGGUUGCGGAUAUAUUGAAAUUGAAUGUCCCCAACCCCAUCCUCAAUUGCGUGGUCACGUAGGUUUUAGAUGAGUGCAUCCAAAUCCAUAUCCUAUUCCAAUUAAAAAACGGAUUUAAAAUGGUGCCUUUUCCCAUAGAGAGGCCAAUUCUUAAUUACCCCAUUCAAGCUUGGUUCUUCUUUAGAAGUUUUCUUUAGUUUGAAUAUUAUACGCUGUUCUUACUCGAACAAUUUUGAAUGAGGAUAUCCUGUUCCAUUCCAAAUCUUGAGUCCAAACAUUUUCUAAAACAUUUGGACAGGGACUACAGCUGUAGCUAAUCUUUGAGCACAACAAGAAAAAGUUAUAUGACCUCCUAAAAAAGGGCCUCAUGCCAGUAAAUGGGCCUGAUACUUAUCUGGUUUGCUUUUCAUACACAGAUUAACCAGGUUUGUUCUUCAUACACAGGUUAAGCAAGGCGAACCUAGAGCCCUGGGAACUGGCCUGGUUACUGAGCAUCAUUCCUGCAGUUGUUGGACUUGCAAGCCUUCCAAAAAACAAUAUUAAGCAGAUGUACAUUUGUGCAUGUGGAAUUCUGCUUCUUGGAGUGGGUCCUUUAGUUUUUGGAGCUUGUGCCAUGUUACAAGAUAUCUUUUUCAACAUCCGUCAAGGAAGAGUCCCUGCCUCACAGGAAUGGCAAAAUGCACCGAUGAAAAUGGCUGCUGUAGCUUUUGUUAUACAGUUUCACGGCAUCAGCCUGUACUAUGGAAACAAGCUAAUAAGUGCUUGGAACUCCAAGGGAGAGAAAAAGACGUCAUAG